AUCAUUACACUGAAUAUGAAAUUUAAUUCAAACAGACAAUUGACACUGGCAGCCACUGGCAACCAAACAGAAAAGAUCCGCAUUAACAUAAAUCAGAUCCUGUGUAAUGGCCCCGGAAUCUGUGUACCUAUUGCAUUUGUUGGACUUAUACUCAAGUAUCUCUUCCUGAUGGAUGUUACCAUAGUGUAUGUGGAAAGUGUCUGCCGUGUCAAAACUUUGUCCCUGUCAGCGCAACUGCUCUAUCCUUUCAUUGACCACCUCCUGGUGCAGUGGCCACAGCUGAAGGAGCGAUACAGUGGCGCCGACUUUCUUGGACAGUUAAUCUAAUGUAGUGCAAUGGGACAAUAUCAUAACACUGCUACCAUCUCUACCAGUACCACUGUUUUACCACAGCUUCUGAUAAUGAUCUCUCAACCAAUGGACUCAUAUUGCAACACCCUGUGUACGCUUCUGCUAUUGCUGCUGCUGUGCUCUUAACAACAUUGCCAUAAACUAGAGCAACACUACAAAAUAGUCUGCCAUACACUAGAGGUGCACUUUCAAUAACAGUGUCUUGCAAUAAAAAACCACUUUUGCUUUCGAUAAGUUUUGCCAUACAUAAAUGGGGCCACUUCUAACCACAUUGGUAUCCACGAAAUGUGCAUUUCAAAUAACAUUACAGGUGCAACAUCAAUUGGUUCCAAGUCCUUUCUGGGUUACUGAUAUUUUUCCGAACCAGGGGUGGGUUCCACUAAAUUAGACAAAUAUUAAAUUUAUUAAAAUAAUUAAAUGAAAUACAGGUACUUUGUACAUUAGUACAAAUGAUACAAGUUUGUUAGAAAUGUACUAUGCAAGGUAUUUUGAAACGCUCACCCAGUAAGCUGGCCUGUGUGCAUGGGAAUUUGAAGUUCUUGCUUGCAAAAUAGUGUGGAUUAUAAGAGAUUCAGGACCAUUAGUGUCCAGAAAGUUGGUGUUGCACCUGUAUCAUACACUAGAACAGUGAGCCCGAAAAUAUUUGGUAGAUACUAGAAUAAUAUUACUGUCAAUAUUGCUGUACACUACAAGAAGACAUUCCAAAUCAAUGGCUGCACACUUUUUGUACACUUCCCUGAAACGUAGGUGUACAGCAAAAUUGCACU